CGUCGCUGCUCACCAUGCGAGAUACGUGCAUCUUCGCACAGAAGUGUUCCACGUUCCGAGUGAAACCACUCCUGUUGAGCACUGAUCGGUCCGUUAGCAUUCUACAAUCUUACGCGAAACAUUGCCUUGCAGCACCCGUCGAGCAUCGUCGCACAUGACUUCCAUAGGGUUCUAUCCAUCCAAGCUUCACUCUGCACAACACUUGUCCAGUGGUGGUCCGCACGCUUCACGUCGCUCAUUUGACAGAUUGACGGAAGCCACGCAAGCGCCUUGUAUGUCACAUAUCAUCUACAACUGCUCCAUGCAUGCUCCCUGCACAAAAGUAUGAAGGGAACCGCCUAGAUCUGGCAGCCAGAGAUGCCUGUGAUCGAUAGCACUGAAUGACAUGUGCUCUGGUCACCGGCGAUAGCUCUCCGAGUUUUGUUGAACCUGCCUAUAAAUGCAGGCAUGGCAGUCCACCCAGGACCACCGCUACUCAUCUCUAUCACCUUUGGAUUCAACGCGGAUAGGAUGGCAUCCACACUAGACCAUCAAGAUGAUAUCAUUUUCAUAUAUUCCAAUCUCAUAAGUGAUCGUUGCACUUAUGUCGUGGUUUCUGUGCUCGUUUAUGAACAUCUGAUUACUGUGCCCGAUGAGGUUUCGUUCCUCUGGCGAGGGACUCAAUUCACCUUUGUCACCGCACUAUUCUUGCUGAACCGCUAUUUGCUCUUGUUGAUGGCCAUGGCCCUCUCCCUAUCCGCCAUCAAUUGGAAUACCGCACUUGGCUGUGAAGCAACUCUCGUAUUGUAUCAAUGUAUUGGGCUGGCUAUGGAAACAAACAUGGCAGUCCUACGUGGUCUGCGCGUGUACGCGAUCAACGAGCAGAACUGGCUUCUAGCCAUUCUCACGUUUUCGUGCGGAUUAGCUCCAGUGUGCAUGAAUAUCUACACUUUCGUAACAAGAGAAUCUCCUUCAUACAUUGUACGCAUUGGCGGUCGCGCAAUGUGUGCAGAUCUCCUGCGCGUCUAUUCGAACCUGGAAGAUACAGUGAUCGCUCCUGCAAGGAUCUUUCGUCUCGUAUCGGAUCUGCUUGUGAUCCUUGUGACGUUGCACAAGACAUUCAGUGUAGCUCGAACAGCUCAUCAGGCCAACAUACACGGCUCUAUCGGAGUGUUCCUGCUAAAGAAUGCAACCCACUACUUCUCGAGGGUGCUCGUCAUGAAUAUCCUUGGCAUCGUUCUCUGGUCUGAAUUGAACGACUUACAGAAGAUAUCAGUAAUAUUAGUACCUAACGGAUUCUUCAUGGCCACCACUUCAUCCUUGAUGAUGACGCGCUUCAUCCUGGACCUGCGCGGAAUGUCACGAGGGCGUGGUGUAUCGCCCUCGGAUUGCGACUUGGAUGCCCAGGCUCAGAGCAGCGGACCGGUGUCCCGAUUUGUUGGAGAUCUCGGCGCCGACCUUCAAAAUCUGACAUUAACUUCAUUUGCCGAAACACAUGGCGAGGACGAAGAGGAGGAGGAGGACGAAGAAGAUUGUCCGCGAAGUAUGGAAGGAAAUCUCUUGGACCAGGCUGAGCGCGCUCAUGAGACAGUCGUAUGAAUGGAGUAUGAUGCUAUUGGACAACGGUACUUCUGUUAAUACGCUCUCCAUGCUCGCAAGCACAGCUCACAAGUAGAUAACAUGAAGUCUUUCUUUAAUGCCUGAUAUUUAAUCACGGAUUGCGAUGCG